AUGGGCUUCGAGAGCCCUGCUGCCAUCGCCAGCAGCGUUUUUAAACGCGCAGGUCCAGAGGAAACUCCUGAGAGCCAAGUCACUCAGCAUGCCUUUGCCGGCGUUUUCUCGGGACUCGUCGGUCUGUUCAUAAUAUUUCACUGGAUAAGGGUUCUCUACAUUAAGCGUAGGAGGACCAAGGUCGGUGGCUCAUUUGAAGGCUCCGUCGCGAAGACACUUAGACAAACACAUGAGGUUGUGACCUCGAAACUCAUCCUCGGCAGAUUCAAUGGAGGUCGUACGCUUUUGUACUUCACAUACUGGGCUGUCAACCUCAUCUGCUACCUUACCAAUGUCGAACUAAACAGCCUCUUUUCCGUUGUAUUGCGUCUAGGAUGGAUGGCUGUUCUCAACUUGUGCAUCGUCAUUUUCCUCAGUCUCAAACAUACUCCACUUGCACUCCUGUCAGUCAGCAAUUACGAUAAGCUGAUGCCGCUACACAAAGUCGCCGGGUACACUACUAUAAUUGCAGCCUGGGCCCACGGAAUUGUCUUUAUUAAAAUCAAAUCUGAUGAAGGAGAGCUCCAUGCAGUCGUCACCGAGGAUAUCCUGACCUAUGGCUUGUCCGGUCUCAUCGUUUUUGCGGUCAUUGGUCUCACCACUCUCCCUUGGUUCAUGAAACGAGGCUACGAAUUAUUCCAUGUUAUCCACGCCCUUCUCACUGUUGCAAUCCUCAUCAUAAUUGGCCUUCAUCGCCCCCAGUUUGAUGGCAAAGUCCUGAUAGCCAUCGUCAUGGCCGCUGCGGUCACAUUACUUGACCGUUCCCUCCGCUUCUCGCGGCUGGUCUACUUCUCCUUUGGAAACUACGCGACGCUGAGAGCACUGCCCAACGGUGCAACUCGCGUGCGCCUCCACCGCUCCAUCAACGCUGCACAGAGCUCGCACGCCUAUCUCUGGAUUCCUUCUGUGCGACUAUUCCAAACGCACCCAUUCACCCUCGUCUCCACCAGCCCCGUUGAAUUCGUGGUUCGUGCCCACGACGGUUUCACCGAAGCCCUACACAAAAAGGCCCAAGCCGUCGGCCCCGAAACCAAACUGCGCGCCUCCAUCAACGGUCCGUACGGUGCCCCGACAGAGAGCUUUUCCGACUACGACAACGUCUUCCUAGUCUCCGGUGGCAGUGGCGGCAGUUUCACGUUCCCAUUGGCACUGGACCUUAUCCGUCGCCAGCUCGCUGAGAAGACCCGCAUCACUUUCCUCUGGGCCACCAGGACCAAGGAGUCUAUCAACUGGUACCGACCAGAAAUCGAGGAGAUUCUCGCAUCCGGCUUCGUCGACCUCAAGGUUUACGUGACCAACUCGCAGGCGAAGAAUGGGUCUAGCUCGUUCUCGACAAAAACGGCCGCCUCGGAGCAUGUAAAUACUAAAACUUCGAAUGGGGACAAUGAGGCCAUCGAGCUUACCACCCCGGAGCCCUUUGACCAAGGUGGCAAGUACGCCGGUCUCAAUAUCGAAUUUGGUCGGCCAGACGUGGAUUCGUUGCUGAGCGAAUUCGUGGCCACCGCUGCUUCGAACCAGAGAGUCAUUGUCGGAGCGUGCGGUCCCAGUACGUUGAUGAGCGACGUGAAGAAGCAUGCAUCGCGCAAUGCCGGAAGGGGAGACGGAGCAUCUGUCACAUAUUAUAACGAGGAAUUCGGAUGGUAA